UGAGAAGUAAAGAGGUACUUCCAAAUCUGAACCUCAAUCAGUAACUUUUUGCGGUGACUCCCCCAAAGUCGUCACUCCACAUUCGCAUUCGACUCGACGUUUGCAGGCAAACAUGGCGGCGGACGGUGAUGAACCAAUUUCAGACCAAGAAAAGGUUCGAGUCGUAUCAGAUUUUAUACUUCAUUCUCCACCCGGAGAAUUCAAUGAAGUCUUUAAUGAUGUUAGGGUAUUGCUUCAUAAUGACACACUGUUGAAAGAAGGAGCAUCAGGGGCAUUUGCACAAUACAACAAGGACCAGUUGACACCUGUCAAAAUUGAAAAUGCUGAUCACCAGGUGCUUAUCACUGAGCACAAUGAUUUGGGCUCAAAUCGUUUCUUUGAUGCACGCUCUAGACAGAGCUUUAAGUAUGAUCAUCUUCGAAGAGAAGCUUCAGACUUUCAGGCUUGGGAACCAGAUGCGGCCUCUGAAUCAUGGAGAGCUGCUCUUGAAACAGAGUUCAUAAACUAUACAAACGCUCACUAUAAGCAUGGAGUUUGCAGUGUGUUUUCAAAGAGCCAGAAUGGUGCUACAACUCUUACAGCAUGUAUAGAGGACCAUCAGUUCCAACCCAAAAACUACUGGAAUGGUCGAUGGCGAUCCCAAUGGUCUGUUACCUUCUCAUCUGGAAGUGCAGAAGUGAGAGGAAUCUUGAAGGUACAGGUUCAUUAUUAUGAAGAUGGAAACGUGCAGCUGGUGAGCUCCAAGGAUGUGAAAGAGGAAAUUCUCACAAUAACGAAUGAACAGCAGACAGCAAAGGAAUUCGUUCGGCUUGUGGAAGAAGCAGAGAAUGAGUAUCAAACAGCCAUUUCUGAAAAUUACCAAACUAUGUCAGACACAACUUUCAAGGCUCUUCGGCGCCAGUUACCAGUCACUCGAACAAAAAUUGAUUGGAAUAAGAUUGUUUCUUACAGCAUUGGAAAAGAGCUGAAAAGCCAAUGAUGAUUGUUGUGGUCCUUUGUGACCUUUUAUAGCUAGUAUUGGGGAAGGGAGACUGUGGCCAUGUAUCUGCAUGUGCGUUUUUAUUACCUUUGGGUGUAAAUAAUUGAUUGAUUGCGGAAAUGAUUAACUACUGUUGAUAGAUUCUUUGUUGCUGAAGUCACAAUGACAAGCCAAGUCUGAUGUAUGUAUAUCCAUUGUGUCACUUGUAUUUCUUUCUGUAAUAAUUUGGUUCAUCCUUAACUAAUGUACUAACAUCAUUAGUUUGGUGCCUGAAUGAAGGGAAGAAGUGCUUUUUCAUCAGAACAGGAACACCUGUUCAAAUUUCAGCAAAUAGGAGAAUGAUUCGAUUCAGUCUGUUUUUGUUUUAUAUAUUAUUAAAACACUGUUUUUGCUUAUUAACAUAUGUACAAAACCCUUUUUCACUUUUGUAAUGAGAUUUGUUAUGCUUCAAUAGUGAUGAAGAAUGUUUUGUUCCUUUUUUUCAGUAUUCUGCUUAGUGUAUUUUCCCCAUUACUUGCUGAGGUUGCGUAUAUUUUGCCUUAAUCGAAGUGAAUUGAGUGUUUGAAUUGUUUACAAAUUAUGUUGACCGUCAUAGUCUACAGUUGUUUUGUUUCAUUUUGUCCAUUAGUGAAUUGUGUUGGCAUUGAAUUCUGCCUGCAACCUAUCAUUUGCAGUUGUACAAAUGAUGCAUUAAUUGUGGCUUAAAUUGAAUCUUAAUGCAUUCUUUCAGUUUCAUCUUAUCUGAUAUACUUUUGUUGCUUACCUUACAUUGCUUUGCAGAUGGCUUUUUUUAAAUCAUUAUCUAAGGUCGACUUAAAUUGGGUAUUGUUUCUGGAGAAGAUUUGUUUGUGCCAGUGAAAUAUGUGGGUAUGUUGUACCAGUAAGACCACUUACAAUUUUGUUACUGUUUACAUGGCAUAAAUGCUAUUUGGCAUUUGUAAAAGAUUUCAUCUGACCACUUGCUUAGAGACAUUUUUUAGAUUGACAUAUUUUACAACAAUGAUGUUUCCAUGAUGCAUAUUUUUGUUUUAAUUGUAGAUGAACACUAUUCUUGUCACUGCCAUGUAAACAAAAGUGCAUUGUAAUUUUCUAUUAUUUUUGGGGAACUUGAACUUGUGUAUAACAUCAUGCCAUCAUUUGUUCUUUGCCCAAUGGGAUGUUUGCAACUUAAAUGACUGGAAUGAAAUUGCUAUGGCAGAGAACAAUUAAAUUUAGAAUUGUCAUGAGACUUGAUAUCCUGCCAUUGUUUUAAAACAUGAACUUUCAGAGAAUAUCAAGUCACUCCUUAUGCUGUUUAUGUUCUUUGGAAAAUGAUGAAAUCUCCUCCUGUUUGCAUAUGAUGUGGGUUAUACUCAGCAUAUGAAAGAAACACUUUGAAUAUUGUUGUAUCCUGUUAUGACUAUACUUUCAAUAAAAUUAUAGGUUCCUUUUGGACCUUUCUUUAUAAUA